AUGUCGAAGCCAUAUCGCGCACAGACUGGCCUUUUUACUGACAAUACUUACUUUUUCAGCUAUCCUGGCAAUGGCGGCCAGCCGUUCAACCCCGACUCGCAGGGAAACCAACAAGUCUCUUUCAAAACCGACAUUAAUCGCAAGAAGACGAAAAAAUGGGUUGCCGCCAAAUCUGUUUCCUACGAUGGCGACGAUUGGGGCGACGAGGAUGAUGAGGAAGACGAGGAAGAGGAAGAAGCACCGCCACCGCUUCCAACCAACACGUCUCGGUUUCAACCCAACCAACCUCAGUCGUCUGUCGGAGCAAACACUACCCAGAACACAUCGACCAGUUCGGAACCUCUAUCCACCGACACACCUGCCUUUGUUCGGCCUGCGGAUAUUUACAAGCGGAUGCAAGAGGAGCGUGCGAGAGAGGGCCAACCCGAGGUGUCUUCGACCUCAGGACCUAUAACACCAGCACCUCCACCACACGAAGAACCAUCGCGCCAAGGGAAUAAUACCGGCCUGUCCACCUCGCCACUCGUCAUCCCAGAACUGAAGAGACUAUCUGGCUUCGGCUCAGAUUUCAUGAGCGGCCCAAGUCUCUCAGAGCAACCUACACAGCCUACACAGACUAGCAACGCCCAACCACAGACGGAAUCGUUACCCUUGCGCCACAACCCUUCUCUCGGGUUCAAUUCAGUUGUUCAUCAAGCUUUCGAUGUUCCGGAAACCCCUACUUCUAGCAAUGAAAACUUUAGCCGGUCCAAUAGCGACAGCACCUCCGUUAUUAGCCCUAUAAUCAGCCAUGGGAACUUGGAAUCCGCAAAAACGCCUACUAUUACUGAAGAUUAUGCUGGAGAAGUAUCUGCUCAGGAGCCACCUGCAAACUUCAAGCCAGGCCACCGGCGAGACUUGAGUCUUCCUUCUCCAGGAAAUGGCCCGGAUAGAGUCCCAAUCGUUUUAAGUAGUGAGCACAGCCAACAGGCCGCAGCUACGUCGUCACAUUCGGUGGACAAUCCUACCUCAUCAGCUGAUGACAGCGAAGGGACUGCGUCUGGAGAAGCAACACCAAAACAGGCGUCGGAACCUCGGCAAUCCAUCGAGAACCCCAGCCUACAUAACGCUCCGGUGGAGAGCCAGGUUGGAUCACAAACUGCAGAGUGGCAGUCACCUGUGCCAGCACAGCUCCACAUACCUCAGGACCAAACACGUGGCGUCCCUCAGAUAACACCGUCUACGAGCACUGAAACUUCGCCGCAGGAUAUGGAGAGUGACCGUCUACGGAAAGAAAUUAUGCGAUCUCUCAGUCCUGAUCCUACCGCUAUUGGGGACCCUUCCCAGACUAAUAACGCUGAUUAUCAACAGCCUCAGUAUGGAUACGAUGGUUACUUGAAUGAUCACAAAGGAAUUCCUCUCACCAACCCGCUUCAGCCAAAACCCACCGCCGGUCCUGCAGAUGCAGCAGAGCCUCUCAGUCUAACAAUAAACCCCGCCGGGGCAGCUGAAAGCUCCGACAGGCAGCCGGAACCAUCGUCCGCGGUCAGCAAGUCUCGUUCUGGCCUUAAAAAGAGAUUUUCAUGGGAAGCUAGCGAUGACUCAGACGAAGGGGACAUUUUGGUGGAGCAAUCAGAACAAGCAGCCAGUAUUCCAUCUGCUCAUUCCCCAUCAAUCGCUGAAGAUCCAUCUAUCUCGAAGAGUGCUCUUGUCACGUCACCCUCUGGAUUUUCAAAUGAUCCCGCUCGUGAUCCUACCAUGGGCGAUGGAGGUGAUGUGUUCGACGAGCCUGGUUUACCCCGGUAUUCUACCAUUGCGAACGAAACAAUUCAACGUCCAGAAGACAUAGCCCCGGAAGUUGUAGAGCCCGCGGAAGAGAAUUUCUUGGCUCCUCUACAGGAGGUUGACCCCUCAGCUUUAUCAGCAUCUCCGUCGCUUGACUCUCCAGCUCCAAGUGCAGUCCAUCGGGAACCCACUCAGCCAGCUGGCACCGAAGCCUCACUACCAAGUUUUCGCAAGAUCAUGGAAAUCCCGUCUGGGAACGAAAAAAUCCGAGUCUUUAAAGAUACUCGGGAACAGUUCGCUCGUAUCGAUAACGGCCUGGAAGAUUGGAUUCGCCGUUCCAGUGAAUCUCUUCCUGAACAUGCGGAUUUGAUUCGAGCAAAUGGUCGACUUCCAGGAGGUGCACCAACGGGUGUUCUGCCCCCGAAGAAUAAAUUCCCGAAAUUAUCAUCUCUUGGAAACUUGUCUUUACCUUCGUCUCACGAAGGCUCCUCCCAAUUAGGGUAUUCCCCCAGCCAUGUCCGGCGAUCGUCUGGUUCUCCCCUAACUGGUGUCAUGAAUAGGCAAAACGUUGAAGCUAAAGGAAAGGAUUUACUGCACAGCGCUGGUGUUUUUGGUGGAAAGGCUGGCGGAGCAGCACGUGGACUUUUCGCCAAAGGCAAGAGCAAGCUGAGAGGUGGUGCUGACAAGGGAAAAUCUUCCAUAUUCGGUGGUCGGCGGCGAAGUCUGCAGCUGAGCAACGACACCCUGUCAUCGGAUAUAGAUCUUGCCAGUGUUAAAUCAAACCCCCCACCCAGUCCAUCAGCAAGUUCACGGUAUUCGCUUCAGCCAGUCCCUCGAAUUCCUUCAUUCAAGUUCAAUGGAAGCCGGUCUUUCACAAGUCCCUCGGUAGAUGAUAGCCAAAUUUCGCCAGAACUACGUGCGGUUUCUCUUGAUUGGGGGAAUCAACCGCUGAAAUCCCUCCCAGAAGAGGAAUCUCCAAUUUCACGACCUGGCAGUAGCAGCUCUCUCAGGCGGGCAAUGAUGCAAUUCAAUAUGGACGAAAACGCUGGAAAUGUACAUGACUCAGCGGAUUUGUAUUCGGCUCACAGCCAUCCUUCACCUCGGAGAGGUACGCUAUCAAUUGUUGAUGACAACAGUCACAAGGAGGGCCAGGACAUGCACUCAGCUGUGCAGGGCAGUGGUUUCCUUGGGGCUGAUAAUUAUCGACUCAACACAGUUGGCGUAACAGACUCGCUGCAAAGGCAGCUGACUGCACCGGACGUAGCGACCGGUACAUCGUUGAGUGAUGUUUCCAGCCUGUCCCAUGAUAUUAACCAGAAAUCCGUAUCUGCUGUGUCAGAUGCUGUUUCUCCGAGGUCGCUGAGCCCUAUGCUCGGAGAAACGUCAAUACGAUUUUCGGAAGACACGAUUGACGCGGACCCACCGGUAGCGCCCCGUGGUUCAUCAUUAGAAGUUUCCAGGGAGUUUCCCUCCGCUCCUCACCAUAUUUCAAGGUUCUAUAGAACCAAUUCUACAGAUCAAACAAAUAGCGAAGCAACCCAGUCUGUUUCGAAUCCUAACCUUGGCAAAGUGGCGAGCCGCGAAAAGAAUGUACAAAGCCCUGUCUCGCCUCCACUGCCAGAUAUGAAGCAAGUACAAAGCCAAUCCAAUGAUCGCAGACCAUCCUCGGAUUCUCAGGUCUCCGAUAUGUCAAAGGAUGAAAUGGACCGCAUUCGGGAGAAAUUUGACGAAGAUGGCCUCUACCCCCAGCUCAGAGAUCCAUCCCCAACAGGAUCCAAGGUUUCCGCUUUGUCCGUGGACGAAGAUAAAGAUUUGGACGCCAUUUUAGAAGAAAAGCUGGGAGGAUCAGGUUUUGACGAAGACACAGAAAAGUCUGCGGCGAUUCAACGGCCUCGUCGCACCUCCGCACCUCGUCAGCAGUCGUCACAGCCGAUUUCUGUCAUGAGAUUAUCACGCUUGCCUCAGGAGAGACGUGUCUCACAAAGCGCCGAGAGCACUAAAAGAUAUUCGAGAUUUUCAUUUGAGAGCGAUAGGAAUGCCAUAGCCGAGGCGAUGCUCGUCACUGGGUACGGAAAGCCAAGGUUGGUCGAUUCGUCUCAGGAGCAGAAUAUGUCGUCACAAGUUCCGGAGACGCUGGGAGAGGAGGCAUGCGAUGAACCACCUCCACCAUUUGAUGACCCAAAGGCGCCGUAUGGAGCAGAUGACAAGCACGCAACGGUAGAUGAAAGGAUAUCCCUAGAUCAUUCUUCACAGAAAGAACCCCCCGGCCCUCGUGGCGAAUACGGACCUGGCGAAUACGGACCGACUCGGCAGGACCCUCCCCAAUACCAGCCUCUUCGUUCACACCCGCCGAAUUCGGCGCCUGCGCGGAGAGAAGAUCGAUUGUCAGGGUCCCAUGCUCAUCGUGAUUCAUAUAACUCAUCUGUCUCCUCUUUGAGUAAUGCGGUCACAAACCCCAACGGUCAUCGAUUAACAAUUUCUCCGGAACCUCGUUCAUCCAGAUCCAAACAGCCGGUUGCUUUCGACUCAGACAGCCGGAUGCAAAAAAUGAAAGAACAGGAAAACCCAAUAUCUCAAUCUAGUAAAUCGCGGUGGACAAAUGGUCGUUUUUCCAGAGGAGCCCAACCUGGUCCUGCUACCAACAAUACACUAAGUACAGGCAGCAGCAACCUCUUUGGGCCAGGAAGACGUGAAGAAGAUAGUUUCGGAAGUGGUGAUAGCAUGGCAGUUGAAGCAGCCUUAUCGCGAAACGACCUACGUGCAGAGCCAUCUCCUUUACAUCGAGAAAGUGAGGCUGCAUCGGCUACAUCGGCAAACUCUCUCAAAGUCUCAGUGCCGUUCAAGAACAAGAUCAAAUUUGUUGGAAAACGAUCUCGGGGGAUUUCCAUUGAUACCCCAGCAGCAGAAGAGCUCGCUGAAAGAAAGGCGACCGACAAAUCAAAGAAGUCAGAUAAGAAGGCGGAGGGAAAGAAAGGGGCCUUUAAUAAAAUCUCUGUAUGUUCACACCCGGACUUUAUUUUUCACUGUCUAACCUCUCAGGGUCUCUUCAAUCGGUCCAAUCCCAUCCAGCGCGCUGGACAAGAAGGAAAACAGCGCUCUUCACUCAAUGAUCUUCCACCUAGAGAUACCCAGCAAGUUAAUACUACAUGGCACAGAACCCACACACUACACGGUCCUCCUACAGCUACGGCUUCUUCUCAGAAUGUCCAUCAGCACUCAUCUUCUUAUCCAGCUCCUCAUCAUCAACCACAGCAAGCUUCUUUGCCUGGCCAUGGAAAGGGAUUACCGCCACCUCCAGGCGGUUACUACGAUCCUUCACCACCUACGGAUGCUUUCCAACACCAAGAAUACCCACUGCAUCCUGACACUGUUGGUACCCAUCAGCAGACUAAUGACCAGCAAUAUCCAGCCAAAACUGCGUAUACAUUUUAUAGCCCGGAACGGCAUUCUGGGUCUAGCCAUUCAUAUUCUAUUGGUUCUCCUGUUAGUGGAUCUGGGUCAACGGCAUGGCAUGAUGCAUCUUCCCCCCCAACAGAACCCAGGCGGAACCGAGCACAGGAUUUGCGCCUACGCUCUCGCAGCCCUCGAUCGCAACCGAUUCGACCGGGAAAUCGCCUUAAUCAUAACGUUAACUACACCGAUCCAAUUUAUCAUUUGGGCAAGUUUCACGCAGUUACUGAGACCUCUCGCAUUGGUGAUCAGUCAACUCCGUUCCCAAUUAUUCUGCCUGAUGGAAUGGACAGAACUCAACUAUCUCCUAGAAACUCUAUCCAACCUGAACCUCUAGACGAACUUCCAAGAAUUUCAAAUCCAGGUUUGGGGGUGCGCCAGCCAGGUACUACUAUCCAGUCGGUAACCAAUUCUUCUACUCACGAUCAAGUUUCGUCACGCAACCCUUUGGCGCUGCAUAUACCGCAACAGCACCAAAACACACCUUCUCUGAACGCGAGUCAAAUAGGCGUGAAUCAACCGGAGAGCACCCAACAUAGAGAGCGCGACCAGUAUUACGAUGAUCGAACUGUAAUAACGAAAAACGUUGUCCCUGUCGAGCUGCCUGUGCCUCGAGACGACAGUUCAGAAGAGGUCGUCAUGUCCAGCACAGCUUACCCAGGACAAGAAUGGCAACCAUCUGGGUUUGAAAAUUGGAUGCCCUAUUGA